AUGAGAAAAUCAGGUCUAUCUGCUUCUGGGCUAUAUUUUCCAAUAAAGAUCUAUUAUGAGAAUGUGUACCUGGACCAGCCAGCAGGGACAAUGCUCCUUCGGGUCCAUGUCAUGCAGGAUAAACCAAAGGAGACUCCUUACUUUCGACUAUGUCCAUCCAGCUCGAUCUACAUGAAUGUUCACCCUGACCUCAAAUGGUUUUAUCUGGAUGGUCAGACUGGAAUUCUCUACCUCAACCGCAGCUUGGAAAGAAGGGACUACAGCAUCUUAACAGGAGGAAGCUUGUUACAAUCUCAAAAGGUGAGGCUUAAAGUGUCUGCCAUGCCUCAUCCGUUUCGGGAUAAGGACUGUGACAAUGCCUCCUUUGCCGUGGUUCAGCUCUCCAUACAAAACUUCACAUCUCCCAGCUGCUCCCCAGCGCUCGCUAAGGAAAUCUGCUUUAGUAAUACAGACCUCACCUUUCACGUCAAAGAGAACAAACCACCGGGAAUAUUGUAUCAAUUUUACUCCCGUUCAAUCCAACAGCAGUGCCAGAAUAUGACAGUAAAUUACACAUUAAUAUCAGAGGCUGACUCCCCAUUCCAUUACCAAAGUCAUUCCUCUGAAGUGAGCUUUACACAUUUCUUGGACCGGGAGGAGAAGGAGAAUUAUGAUCUCAGGGUGAAGUGUACAUUGAGAGACAGCAGAGAGGAGACAAAGGUGGAACAAGCAUUCCUGGUAAAAGUGGAUGAUGAGGAUGAUACCGCACCCUUUCUUCCAAAUGGAACAGACACAACCAAUGUUGUGGUGGAGUUUAAUAGGAAAGAGGGAACAGUUCUUGGGGUGCUGGAAGUGUGGGAUGUAGACUCCACACCUGUCUAUCCACUGGACACUAACCACAAUAAAUAUACAGAAACCAUUGUCAACAAGGAUCAGUUUGUUCGUGGGGCCUUCCGUAUAGAGCAUAUGUUUAGAGAGAAGAAAUUCAAACCUAAGGACAACUGGAUCCGUGGGACGUUGCAUGAAUACAGGCUUGUUCUGAACAAAAACCUGUCUAUUAACAUAAAUGAAACAGUUCAAGUCAGAGUUCGGGUGAAUGAUACAGAAUUCAGAGGUCCAAAUGGAGUAGUCACGCUGUACUUCAAUGUCACAAUCCAUCCUAUGGAGAUCAGGUUUACAAACACCUCCUACCAGUUAACAGUCAACCGCAAUGCUGAUCACUAUGCGCAGAUAGGAAAAGUCUGCAUUGAAAACUGCAUGCUGUUUAAAGGGAUCAACAUCAACUACAAACUGCAGAUCGCAAAUACUACACAUGCGAUUGGCCUUGCGCAGGGGCGAGAGAGCACAUUUGCUACCCUCAUUGUCAAUGACUCUGUGGCGCUGUCCAACCACGAGAAGGAGAUACAAUGCACCGUGGUUGCAUUCAACAGGCACUUCAAAGAGCAAGUGAAGACUCAAAUCACCAUCAUAAUAGAGGGAGCACCUGCUAAAGAUGAAGAAGACUGCCCCCUGUCCUGCUCAGAGAGCAAGCACCGCGAUGAGUGCGAGGAGUGCGGCGGUUUGGGAGCAGUCACUGGGAGGUGUCAGUGGAGACAGAGACACGGAGAAGGAAUCACAACAAACUAUUCCACCUGUACCCCGAGUAUUCUGACCUGUCCUGAUAAAGUGUGUGAUGCCGUGGAAAGCAAAGACCCUGCAAUAUGUCCCCAGGAUUGCACAACACUAAAUAUCAUUGGAGGCCAUGAAAAAGGAUUCCCAUCUGGAAUUAAGGCUGGUUAUGGUACCUGUUACUGUCUACUCCCUGAGAAGUGUUUUUGUGAGAGGAAUUUUAGUGAAGUUAAGUUGUGUGAUGACACCUGCAAAACCGUUAUUGCGUGUGGAGUAUUCCUUUCCUUCAUAGUUUCUGUGCUACUUUCAUCAUACUUCAUUCACCGUUAUCAUAAAAACUCACCAAAACCACCUAUCGCUUCUGCUGAAAUGACGUUCCGACGACCUGCCCAGUCCUAUCCAAUCAGCUACUCUUCCAAUAACGCUCGUCGGCCAUCUUUGGACUCAAUGGAGAACCAUGUUUCCGUUGAUACCUUUAAAAUACCAGAGGAUCCGAAGUGGGAAUUCCCUCGCAAAAACUUGGUUCUUGGAAAAACUCUGGGAGAAGGAGAAUUUGGAAAAGUGGUUAAAGCAACAGCAUUUAGACUGAAAGGAAAAGCUGGUUACACUACAGUAGCUGUGAAAAUGCUGAAAGAAAGUGCUUCCCAGAGUGAACUGCGAGAUCUUCUUUCUGAGUUUAACCUUCUGAAACAGGUCAACCAUCCACACGUUAUCAAACUCUAUGGGGCUUGUACACAAGAUGGACCAUUGCACCUUAUUGUGGAAUACGCAAAAUAUGGAUCUCUACGUAGUUUCUUGAGGGAAAGCCGCAAAGUUGGACCUAGCUCAAUGGGUGGUGACUCCAACCGUAACUCCAGCUACCUGGACAACCCUGAUGAAAGGGCUCUAACUAUGGGAGACCUUAUCUCCUUUGCCUGGCAGAUCUCCAGAGGAAUGCAAUAUCUAGCAGAAAUGAAGCUUGUCCACCGAGAUUUAGCAGCUAGAAAUGUGCUUGUGGCAGAAGGACGCAAAAUGAAAAUAUCUGACUUUGGGCUCUCCAGAGAUGUGUAUGAGGAGGACUCAUACGUGAAAAGAAGCAAGGGUAGAAUACCAGUCAAAUGGAUGGCAAUAGAGUCCUUGUUUGACCAUAUCUACACCACGCAGAGUGACGUGUGGUCCUUUGGUGUGCUUCUAUGGGAAAUAGUAACAUUAGGAGGAAAUCCAUACCCAGGUAUUGCACCUGAACGACUCUUCAACCUUCUAAAAACUGGUUACAGGAUGGAGAAACCAGAGAAUUGCAGUGAUGAAAUGUACAAUCUUAUGCUGAAAUGUUGGAAACAGGAGCAAGACAAGAGGCCAACAUUUGGUGAGAUCAGCAAAGAACUAGAGAAGAUGAUGGUGAAAAGCAGGGACUAUUUAGACCUUGCUGCUUCCACACCAGCUGACUCUUUACUCUACGAUGAUGGCCUUUCUGAAGAGGAGACUCCUCUGGUUGAGUGUAAUAACGCCCCUCUCCCACGAACUCUCCCUUCCACGUGGAUUGAAAACAAACUCUAUGGCAUGUCCUAUCCGAACUGGCCUGAAGAAAGCCCUGUUCCCAUCCCAAGAUUCGAUGCCAAUAAGUCUGUUUUUUCAAGAUAUGCCAAUGACUGUGUUUAUGCUAAUUGGAUGAUUCCACCCUCAGCGGCAAAAUUUAUGGACAAGUUUGAUAGCUAAAUUUCCAUUUUCCCCCCCAGAAGGUAACAAAAUUGUGAAUUGGGGAGAAAAGAAAACACGCAAAGAAUGAAUGGAAAGUCCGUUGGCUGGUUCUUUGUGCCAGUGAAAAGUGAUUAAACCAACGUUGCUUUUGUGUGUCAAAUGCGCCAACUUUUCUUGGCUUAAUUUAACCCUCUAACUUCUGAAGGGGGCUAAACCACAUUAUUAAGGAACAUAGUAUGUUGCUGUCCCCUACAGCAGUAGAAGGGGGCUGUGUAACUUUUCCAAAGCAUAUCGAGUCUGUCAAACCAAACCUUUUGUAUAUGCUGUUGUUGCACAAAUGUAUUCAAUACACUCAUAUAUGUGUUCCUGUGGAAAGAAAAAAAAGUUUUUUUUUCUGAUCAUGUGUUAAUUAUUUAAAAAAUGUUAUUUUUAAAAUGUA